AUGAGUUGGACCAUGACUUCAACUCUGCCAACCACAUUCAGCUCCCCCACCAAUACCCUUGCAAUGCCCACACCUACAUCUGUUGUAGACCCUGCGUCGUCCGCUACACUCUUUCCUCCAGCAAACAAAGAGCUACUAUGCGACUGGAUCCGGUCAGCUGCAGACUGUCGUGAUGCAGACUUCAUUCGCAACCUUUUAAUCACCUCUUCUGUCAUGCAUGGGCUCGUCUUCUUGUUCGGGCUCUGGCUCUUAAUUUUCCGCAACCGCGGCUUUAACAGCAGGAUCGUCACAGAACUCUUCACACAAGUUGGCACUGGACUGAGACCAAAGCCUAUGGACUGCAUCAUUUUCUUCACAGGGCUUGCUUCGCUGAUCAAGGUUGGCGUCAAUAUGCCUGUGAUCUUUGAUGUUUUUAAGGACAGGCUUUGGAUUCGCAUUGCUAUAGAGCAAACUUAUUGGAUCUUCGUCGCUAUCGGAUUCUCCUCCUAUUUCGUUGGCCUGUUGUAUGCAAUGCCUGUAACAACGCGUGAAGGCAUCUUUGCCAUUUACCAGCCCGAAACCACGUUCGACUCACGUCCUCUGCCUCCCAUCCACGUCCUAACGCCAACGACUGUUCAAAAAAACUUUUUAUUAGUUAUGGGCGUUGUCUACCCCGCGGUAUUUGGCGCAGGUGCGGGCGUGGCAUCCGCGGUAUUUGCACAGAUGCCUGGUUAUGGGCACCUUUCUGAAAUCUUGCUUAUCGUCCAAUAUUCAAACUGGGUGUUGAUCCUCUGGGCUAUGGCUAUAAUGUUCUUUUACUAUGGUCUAAAGUACACUUUUAUUCUUCGAGCUAAUAUCAUUAUUGCGGAGGCUGCUCUUAAAGCACCCAAAGCAGCCUUUGGUAUCAGCAACUUGCGCUCUUCCAGCCCUGCACGGUUCUUGUUCAUCCAAUUACAGCUCACAGGCUUUGGGGGUGCAUUAGUAACAUUACUGGCUGGUUCGCUCUGCAUGAUCUGGGUCAUAUGCCGCAAGAGGAUCCUUGCGAUGGAACAUGAUGGACUUCCCCAUACUAUGGCCUUUUUCUGGACUUGCGCGAUUGCGGUUGCAUUCUUUGCGAUCAUGGCCCUAAUCGCUGUACAGUCUGUACGCAACCGACGACGUGGUCUUCAUGAUCCGGCUACAUCAAUGACACAUUCAUUGGUACCAACCUCUUCCGGCCAGAAGAGUUCGCCAUCAAAUACUAAAAAUAUGUAUUCGUCUCCCAAUCAAAAGGGCUCAAGGUCCUCUCCAUCGGACCCUGAAGCACCAUUGACACUGCGUGACUCGGCCGAGCUAAGCACACUUCGCUCUGCUAAUUCGAUGGAAAAAGGAGAGUACGAGGGCGAUUCAUUUGAUUUGGCGGAUCAUGGGAGCCAGCUUGAGUUAAUGGAAGUUGUAUCCAUACACGAUACCUUCUCUGAAUCCAAUAAGCCAGGGCAAGAGGGCACGAGAAAGGUAUCAUUGGGAUCGUCGGCUCGGCCUUUUAGCCUUAUGGAACAAGAAAACCGAGAAAGCAUGGAUUCUAAUACAACGUUCUGUGCUCGCGGAAGUGAUCGCUCUCGUUCCCCUGACCUUCGUAGUACUGUCUUCGGAGGACAACCAUUGAAUCGGCCAAAUAGUCCUCCUCUUCCUGCUUACCCUCCCACAGCAUCUAGUCCGCGUUCACCAUCGUUCCCUCUGAAGUCGAUACGACCAAGCUCACGUCAAUCCAAGGGUAGUAGUAGCGACAAUAAAAGCGGCACGAGCAAACGCGACAAAUCACGGUCUGUAUCUUCCUCCAAUGGGCAAAAUUCACAGGCUACAGACAGAAUGUCUUCCAUUAGCACAUCCUCUCAGGCAGCCUCCACAACCAGUCUGUCAACAACCACAUCUGAACGACAGUCAACACGGACUCAACGUCGCGAGCAGCAACGGACCUGCGAGGCGCAGAAGCAACAGUAUCAAAGGCUUCAACAUCAUGGGUCUGGCUUAACUCCUCCGCCUCGGACGCAGCGGAUACCAAGCAUUCCAAAGGCAAUGGACGCAAACUCACUGGCAUCCCCAGCACGUGUUGUCUCUCCACCAGCAGCAGUAACAAGGAGUACUUUCAUGAUUACAGACGUGAAAGGUGAUCAUGAUUUUCAACUUUCUCUGCCCGAGAGUACAUUUACACCUACACCACAGGAGGAAAAUGACCAACAAGAUCCAUCAUGGCUUCUUACCCCCUAUCGAAACUCAUAA